UAAGCUACAUAAAACUUUAGAACUGAAAGAGGGUGGGCUUCCUUUUCACUGUGAUCCUACAUUUCUCCAGUAUAAUAUCUAAAUAUCAGUUUUAGUGUAUGUAUUUUCAACUCAACCUUAACGUCCUUGUUGUCAAAUCAAAGUCUGUUACAAGUUACAACUAUAUUAAGCGCUGCUAUUGAAUCACCGCAUUAUUUCUGCUUUUUAGAUGGCAUAAAGAGAUAACUAAUGGCUUCUACAGGGAGCGGCAUCCGGAGUCAGGGGGAUGAUAACCUCCAGUCUAUGCUCGUGGGAACGGUGAUGAGGAAAAUCAAAUCUCGUACUUGGAAAAAGCAGCGAUACUUCAAGCUGCAGGACGACUGCAUGACCAUCUGGUACAAGUCCAAAAAAGCAGGGAAUGCCCACUCCACGUUUUCAGUGAAUGAUGUGGAGGCAAUUAGAGAGGGCCAUCAGAGUGAGGUUCUGCUCAGCAUCGCAGAUGAAUUCCCGGCUGACAGAUGCUUCACGCUGGUGUUCCGCAGCCGUAGGAGCAACCUGGACCUGGUGGCCGAGUCGGCCGAGGAAGCACAGUCCUGGAUCAAAGGCAUGAGGAAGCUGAUAGAGAGUCUGGAGAACAUGGGGGAAAGAGAAAAGCUGGACCAAUGGAUUGGUGACUGGUUUAAGAAAGCAGACAAGAACAACGAUGGCAGGAUGAACUUUAAAGAAGUGCAAGACCUUCUAAGAAUGAUGAAUGUUGACAUGAAUGAACAUCAUGCUCUUCGUCUUUUCAUGAUGGCGGAUAAAUCCCAGACUGGUUCACUGGAGGAUGAUGAGUUUGUGCUGUUCUACAAAAUGUUGACAGAGCGGGAAGAUAUUCUGAGAGUUUUCCAGGAAUACUCAACAGAUGGUCAAAAGUUAUCUCAGAGUGAUCUGGAGGACUUCUUGAGAGAGGAGCAGUUGGAGAGGGGUGAUGUCCAUCAACAUGCCCAGCAGCUCAUUGAAGGCUAUGAGCCGUCAGACACAGCCAAGCUGCUUAAGGCCAUGACAUUUGACGGGUUUUUGAUGUACCUCGGCUCAUCUGAAGGUUCCAUCUUCAACCCACAGCGAAGGGGCAUCUUCCAGGAUAUGACUCGGCCGCUGUGCCAUUACUUCAUCUCUUCCUCCCACAACACAUAUCUGAUGGAGGACCAGCUCAGAGGACAGAGCAGUGUGGAGGGAUACAUAAGGGCUCUAAAUCGUGGUUGCCGAUGUGUUGAAGUGGAUUGCUGGGAUGGUGCCAAUGGAGAGCCCAUUGUCUAUCACGGGCACACACUCACCUCAAAAAUACUCUUCAAGGAUGUGGUCAAUGCAGUGCUAAAUUAUGCGUUCAAGGUCUCAGAAUAUCCAGUCAUCCUGUCUAUUGAAAACCACUGUUGUGUUGAACAACAGAGAGUCAUGGCCCAACACCUCAACCACAUCCUUGGUGACAAGUUGCUGAAAAGUACAUUGGAAGGCAAGGUCUCAAGUCGGCUGCCGUCUCCAGAGGAUCUUAAAGGAAAGAUUCUUGUAAAGGCCAAAAAGAUUGGAGGCCUUGAGGAGAACUGUAAUGGAAUUUUGGGAGACUCUUUUACCGGAUUGGUCAGCGAUGAAGAUGAGGCAGCAGAAAUUGAUGAAGAAAAUUUACAUCGUGAUAGUGUUCGUCGCCGUAUGAAGAAAUCAAAGCAGCGUUUGUCCAAGGAACUGUCAGACUGUGUUGUUUACUGUAAAAGCGUCCACUUCAUAAGCUUCAAACACUCCCAGAGCCACUUCAAGUUCUACGAGGUUACCUCCUUCACGGAGUCCAAAGCCCGUAAGCACUUACGAGAAGCUGGAGCAGAGUUUGUGUGUCAUAACUCCCGGCAGCUGACCAGGAUUUAUCCCACUGGCUUCCGAACAGACUCUUCCAAUUUUAAUCCUCAGGAAAUGUGGAAUGCUGGAUGCCAAAUUGUUGCUCUGAACUUCCAGACUGCUGGGGAAGGAAUGGAUUUGAACGAUGGGUUGUUCAGCCAGAAUGGCCAGUGUGGGUACGUCCUGAAACCCAGUUUCAUGAGAGACAAUGAGAAACGUUUUGACCCUGACAUGCCACAAAAGCGAGAUGACUACCAACCAGUUGUCCUCACCAUCCAGGUGAUCAGCGGCCAGCAACUACCCAAAGUCAACAUCAAAAAGGACUCGAUUGUUGAUCCACUGGUCAGAGUGGAGAUCCAUGGAGUUCCAAUGGACCAAGCCAAGCAGGAGACCAGAUAUAUAGAGAACAAUGGAUUCAACCCAGUGUGGUACGACACUCUCCACUUCACGAUCCAUGCCCCUGAACUUGCUAUUGUACGCUUUGUUGUAGAAGAUUAUGACAAAACAUCAAAAAAUGACUUUGUGGGGCAAUAUACCCUUCCUCUUAGCUGCAUGCAGCAAGGAUAUCGCCACAUUCACCUUUUGUCCAGAGAUGGAACCAGCAUUUCUCCAUCAUCCUUGUUCGUUCAUGUCAGGAUCAAAGAUCUGGAAUAAGUUUCCACACACCCACCAGAUAGAAAGAAUAUUACACUUUCAUGUACAAGACAGAGGAAUUCUACCUUCCUUGAUAAUUACUACAUCAGUGAAUUGAUGCUAUGCCAAAAUUAGAGCAAUUCUAGAAAAGUUGUGCUUUGACUUGUUUCCUUCUCUUCUGUGUAUUUUGUGUUAUUUAUUCAUUGUGACUUCAGUGUACCCAAUCAAUUCUGGCAUGCGAUGCAAUUUCUGCUGAAGCAUUGUGUUGUAGAUGAGAAUGUGCCACUAAAGAGUUAUGUAAAGAUUCUGUGGAAUUUCUUUUUUUUUUUCCUUUUGUUUUAUUUGUUUUUAACAGCCAGCACCUGACUAGGUCUGUCUUUAUUCACAAUGGACAUUUUCUUGGAUUGGGAGCUCUGAUUCUGAUGAACUGUCAGUAAUAAGGAUUACUAUUUCAUUUCCAAAAUUUACCAGAUUGUUUUAUCUAAGACCCAAAUGGACAGUAUAUUUCUUGUGAUUAUGUGUACUUCAGGAACAUGUUUUAUUGAAAAUACUGCAAUGGAUUUUUCAUCCACAGUUGAAGCAAAACACUUCCACAGCAGUUUGAGUAUAUCUAUCUAUCUAUCUAUCUAUCUAUCUAUCUAUCUAUCUAUCUAUCUAUCUAUCUAUCUAUCUAUCUA